GCGGUCUUCUGCUUGCUGCGGUCUCGAGCGGCCCCGGGCCAGUUCUUAACCCCUCGCUCCGGGACUGGUCGCCGAGGCUUCUUUUGGUCUCCAGAAACCGAGCAGAGCCGGCGGAGGCAGGUCCCGCGCCGUUGACCGCAGGGCUGCCUCUUCCGAGGUGGGAAGAUGUGCUGCGAGAAGUGGAGCCGCGUGGCCGAAAUGUUUCUCUUCAUUGAAGACCUAGGGGAGGAUUAUAAAAUCCUUUGCCUCUGCUCCAGGGCGUUUGUGGAAGAUCGAAAAUUGUGCAAUUUGGGAUUAAAAGGCUACUAUGUUAAAGACAAUGGCAGUGAUGCAGGAGAGCAGGCUACAGAAGAGGAGGAAGGUGGUUAUUCCCAUGGCACUACAGAAUCACAUGACAGCAAAAGCAUAGGCCUAAAUGAAAGUGAACUGGAUUCCGAGGCUGAACUCAUGAGAAGUAUGGGACUGCCACUUCAGUUUGGUGGGACAUCUGCACAUAAAAAUUUUGAGGUAUCUAUGAAUACUAGGAAUAAAGUGAAAAUAAAGAAGAAAAAGAAGAAGCAGCAAAAGAAGUACUUAGAUGAAAUGAUGAGAGAAUCUUGGAGACAAGAAUAUGAAGAGGAUGACAUUUUGGCUUCAGAUGAUCCAUCUUCAGUUGAACGGUGUGAGAACACCAGAACGUGUAAGCUUCGAACCAAGAAAGACAUUGAAACUGAAAAUCUUCCUGUUGAAAAUACGUUAUCUCCAAAGCUAGAAAUUACAGAGAAAUGGGAAAAGUAUUGGAACGAGUAUGGUGGAGUACUCUUAUGGCAAAGCUGGCAAGAAAAACAUUCGGGUCAAACGUUAUGCUCUGAACCUUGGAACGUUCCUGAUACAAAAGAAGAAUGGGAACAACAUUAUAGUCAACUUUACUGGUAUUAUUUGGAACAGUUUCAGUAUUGGGAAGCUCAGGGUUGGACGUUUGAUGCCUCACAAAGCUGUGACACAGAUACUUGUGGGUCUAAAACAGAAGUUGACAACAAGAAAGGUGAAAAUUGCAUGAAAGCAGGCUUACUUUCCCUUCCAUCUUCAUCAAUUGGUAGCAAAAGCUCUAGUUCAGGUGAUAAAGAUCAUAGUGAAAUACUUGAUGGAAUUAGUAAUAUAAGUCUGAAUUCAGAGGAAGUAGAACAGAGCCAGUUAGAUUCUUCUGUAAGUUGUGAUGGACGUCAGGGGCUAAGUGAAGUUAACAGCAGAAGAGAAUGCCCUGCUUCUGGCCAAAGUGAACCAUGUAAUGGUGGAACCAAGGAAAGGAGCUCAUCUGGGAAUAGAAGCACAGACCAACCAGCUCAGGAUUCACAGAGGUCUUCAGAAGCAAACACAGUCAAAGACAGACCUCAUCCCAAACAUAUUGAUGGGGAUGAGAGUGAAGAAGAUCCGCCUGAUCAUAAGCCAAGCAAACUCAAGAGGAGCCAUGAACUGGACAUCGAUGAAAACCCAGAUUCAGACUUUGAUGACAAUGGUUCCCUUCUAGGAUUCCAGCAUGGCUCAGGACAAAAAUAUGGUGGAAUUUCAAAUUUCAGUCAGCGACGGGUCAGGUAUCUACAGAAGAAUGUGAAGUAUAAGUCAAAGUUCUUGGACAUGAGAAGGCAAAUAAAUAUGAAAAACAAACACAUCUUCUUUACUGAAGAGUCAGAAAAAACAUUUUUCAAGAAAAGCAAAACUUUGAGCAAGGUAGAAAAAUUCCUAAAGUGGAUUAAUGAACCAAUGAAUGAGGAAGCAUCGCAGGAGUCAAUUUCUCAUGACAAUGUGCAAGACACUUGUACAAGCAGUGGUUCAGAGGAACAAGAAACGUCUGUUAAAAAAGAUGAUGACCCACUGGAGACAAGCAAUCCAGAACCGGAAACAUGUCAUGCCAUCUCUUCAACUGGUGAACUCGAAACAGAAAAAUGUGAAGGGGACAGUACAGUGGCAGCUGUUACAGAUAGGGAGGAUUGCGUUACUCAGGAUGCACCAGUGUCUUUUCAGGUAGAAACUGAAGCUGAAAUUAAAAAGAAGAAGAAGAAGAAAAAGAAAAACAAGAACAAAAAGAUAAUUGGUCUGCCUCCGGAGAUAGCUGCUGUUCCUGAGCUGGCAAAGUACUGGGCCCAGAGAUACAGGCUCUUCUCCCGUUUUGAUGAUGGGAUUAAAUUGGACAGAGAGGGCUGGUUUUCAGUUACACCUGAGAAGAUCGCUGAGCACAUUGCUGGCCGGGUCAAUCAGUCCUUCAAAUGUGACACUGUAGUAGAUGCAUUUUGUGGAGUUGGAGGAAAUACCAUUCAGUUUGCCUUAACGGGAAAGAGAGUGAUUGCCAUUGAUAUUGAUCCUGUUAAGAUUGAUCUUGCUCGCAAUAAUGCAGAAGUUUAUGGGAUAGCAGACAAGAUAGAGUUCAUCUGUGGAGAUUUCCUGCUGCUGGCUUCUCAAUUAAAGGCCGAUGUUGUGUUCCUCAGCCCUCCGUGGGGAGGGCCAGACUAUGCUACUGCAGAGACCUUUGACAUUAGGACGAUGAUGUCUCCUGAUGGCUUUGAAAUUUUCAGACUGUCUCAGAAGAUCACCAAUAACAUUGUUUAUUUUCUUCCAAGAAAUGCUGAUAUUGACCAGGUGGCGUCCUUAGCUGGGCCUGGAGGGCAAGUGGAAAUAGAACAAAACUUUCUUAAUAACAAACUGAAGACAAUCACUGCUUAUUUUGGGGACCUGAUCCGAAGAUCAGCCCCUGAAUCAUCUCUGUGAGCUGGGAGAAAAACAAAAAGAUCAGGCAGUGGUCAGAACGUUAUUCAGAUGGGGCACUCGGAAUUUCUUUUCUGUAGUCACUGGUAUUUUGUACCCAUAGUCUUAUAUCACAUAUGAAAUUGAAAGUUAAAUGACUUUUAAUGAUGCACUUGGAGAUAUUUGGAUAAUUUUAACUAUGUUAGGAUAGUGAGUGUCUGAUAUGGAAAAGGUAGUCUCUUCUUUGUGCUUAACAUCAGUCAGUGUAUGUUUAUGUAUGUACGUGCGUGUAUCUGUAUAUUUUUUUAAUUUCGUAUGUUUUGGUUUAACACCUUUGUGUGUGUGUGUGUAAACAAUUAUUGUGGUUUUUUUAAUACAGAGAGACAGAAAGAAAAAAGUCUAUCCACCCAUUUAACCCCUGCUGAAAUAAAUAAUGUUAUACCUUUAAGGGUAGAAACAUAAGCAGUACAGAAUAUACAAAAUGAAAAGUACAAGUCUCCCACCGCCUUCUCCUGCCCUUUCUUCAUUUGUCUAAAGAUAACCACACCUGUGUUGUGUAAUUCCUUGGAGGGCAGAAAGGAAUUGCAGUAUACCCUAAUAUACUUUUUUCCCUUAUCGUUGCACUCUUCAGUAGCCCCUUCCUUUUUUUUACUUAAUGUAUCUUUUUUUUUUAAGUAUUUACUUUUUUAAUAGUGUAUCUUGAAGACCUUUCCACAGUCGUACCUGCAUACAGAUCUACCUCAUUGCUUGUAAUGGCCAGCUUGUAUUCCAUCUUCUGGAUAUGCCAUAAUUAAUUUAACCAGUUCCCUAAUGAUGGGCACUGGGCUGUUUUCAGAUUUUUGCAGUUAUCAGCUCUUCUGUGCUCUGAUUAGAGUGCCCCUCCACAGCUCCCCAUCAUCAAGCAUUUUAAUUUUUGCUAUCGUGUGCAAGAAAAAUGGUAUCUUAUUGUUUGUAUGCUUUUCCUUAAUUAUGAAUGAGAUUUGAGAGUAUUUCCAUAUAUCGUGGGUUUUUUAAAAUAGUUUUCCCCUUUUAAACUGGCUAUUCCUGUCUUAUCAAUUUCUCUUUGGGAUUUGUACCUUUUUCUUAUUAAUAUGUAUGAGUUCUUUGUAAAUUGAAGACCCCUUUGUCUUUAGUAGGUGUUAAAAAUGUGUUUUUCCAGUUAGCUGUUGGCCUUUAGACUUACUUUGCGAUUUCUUUUUUUUUUUUUCAUGCAUAACUUUUUAAUUUUUGUGUACUCAGACUUAGCAGUCUUUUUUCUUCCUUGUUUCUGGGUUUACAUCCUUUGAAAGAUCUUUUCCAAUCCUAGAAUAUAAAUAUAUUUAUCCAAGCUUUUUUCUAGAACUUUCUUGUUUUUGUGUCUUUGUUCCAUCUGGAAUUUUCUUUUUAACAUCCUUUUAUAAUGUUACUAUUUUUUAAAAUUUACACUGCAAAAACAGUAUGAAAUAUAUUUUGUAAUAGAGGAGUUUGUAUUCUUUUUCUAUUAAAAUGGCAUGAAAGGAGGAAGAAUAUGUGUUGCUUGUUCAUUCAUCUAAAAGGUGUGUUCAUUCAUUUUUACACGUAGGUAAAAAGACAGAGACAAAGGACUCUGGUCAUUGGGGGAUCUGGGACCUUUAUCUUUUAACAGUGUGAGCAUGUUAAACAUCAAAGAAAACAUGGCUUCAGCUGGGAUGGAGCUGGGGGAAUCAAAAUAAAUUGAGGGGAUUUACAGUAAGUACUGGAAAAAAUAACUAUUAAAUAAAAGGAACUUUGUUGGAGAAUGGAGACAAUGCUAACUUUAGUUUCUGGAAACUUUACUAUGUGUGUGUGAUUGCCCUGCAGUACAGUAGCAAUUGAGCUGGUCGUUAAGUAUUAAAUUAAUUUUUUAUUAAUUUACAACAUCAAAAUCUGUCAGUGUUCUCAGUUUUUGUAAUUUUUCGUCAUGGAGUAUUAGUGUGUAUAUCAUAAACUUGUCACCAUUUUUUAAAUAAUGGCAGCGUUGGUGAUAAACUGUCCUAUACGUGGCCCCUAGAACUACUUAGACUUAGCCUCUGGGGUAGGAGGUUGAGGGGUAAAAGCAGAUUUCCAAAAUCACCAGUUAUUUUUAGUUUUUGUCACUUAACCUUUCAUGCAUACACAUUUUCCACAAUACAUUUUCUUAAUUGUGUACUGUUAAUAUGAAAACUAAUUUGUCUUCCUGAACAUACAUGAUCUUCUGUGAGAUGAGUAACAGGAAGCCUAACCAAGAUUAAAAUAUUCCUGCCCACUAAUCACAGCACAUAUAACUGAUUUAUACACUCAUUGAUAGAUGAUUAGUGCUCACAAGAACCUUAGUCUGUUAGGAGACCCCUGUGUUCAAGUGAAAUCUUACCAAGAAGCCAAAUGUGUGAAGUGACUGAAAAGUAAAGCCCUGGAGCUGCUCCGCGUCAGGCAGAAGCGAGGCCGACAGCCCUGCUCUAGCCCAACUCAGGCUUUUUUUUCUUGUUAGAUUGCAAAACUUUUUAAACACAUUUUUGU